CGACUGAUGAUCAUUGAGAAAGGUCUCAAGACAACAAUGGAGAGAAAUACUACUGCACCUUUCUAUCACAUCAAUACAACAGAUGUAUCUCAUGCAAAUGGCUCUUUGUAUGACGAGUAUGCAGAGCUGAGAAAAUCUCUCAAGAUCAUGUCCCUCGUUGUUUACUCUCUGGCCUUUGUCCUUGGUGUGCUCGGGAAUGGAGUGGUUAUCUGGGUGGCCGGGUUCAAGAUGAAGAAAACCGUUCACACAGUUUGGUUCCUCAACCUGGCUGUGGCCGGCUUCCUCUUCACAGCAUUCCUGCCUCUGAUUGUGACCUACACAGCUUUGAAUUUCCACUGGCCUUUUGGCAAGUUCAUGUGCAAACUUGUCACCACUAUAAACUUCCUGAACAUCUUUGCCAGUGUCUACAUUCUGAUGGUGAUCAGUGUGGACAGAUGUGUGUCUGUGCUGUGGUCCGUCUGGGCCAAGAACCACCAAAGUGUACGCAAGGCGUCCUGUGUGAGUCUGGGUGUUUGGGUACUGGCUCUGAUUCUCAGCACUCCAUACUUCAUCUUCAGGGACACUAAACCGUCAUCUAAUAAUGACGAAAUCAUCAACUGCUUAACCAACUAUGUUCUUUCUGAUGACGAUGAAACACUGUCUGUGAAUCAGCUGCGACAGCUUCGUCAUGAGGCCAUAACCAUCACCCACUUCCUCCUGGGAUUUCUUGUCCCCUUCACUGUCAUUGUCUCCUGUUAUGCUGUGAUAAUCCAUCGUAUCAGAAGAAACCGCACCCUGGCCAGCAAGUCAAGUCGCCCCUUUAAAAUCAUCGCCGCAGUUAUCACCACUUUUUUCCUGUGCUGGGCUCCCAUUCACAUCAUGGACUUAAUUGCCAUGGUGAAUUCCAGGUCUACUUAUCGUAGUGACACAUUACACCUUGUCACCACUAUUGGGUAUUCUUUAGUAACAUGCCUGGCCUUUCUCAACAGUGGCUUGAACCCACUGCUGUAUGUGUUCAUGGGACAAGAUUUCAAAGACAGAGUUCAUAAAUCCAUCCUGAAUGUUUUGGAGAAUGCCUUCCAGGAAGAGGUUUCUCGCUCUCACACCUGCAAAAAGUCUACGGUCAUCAGCCAAAGCAAAGAUAAGUUGGUUAGUGACGCUUUGUAUGAAGUUAUCCAUGAUAUGAAUAAACAAAUACUGUAACUGUAAAUGAUUUCCACACCUGGAAUUGUAAAGAACAGAUCUGUUUUAGUGUGAUAAAUACCGACAUGGUUACUAUGAGCUAAUUAUGUUCCUGAGGUUUUCUGUUAUUUCUUAACACUUAGACAACAUACAGUAAAACCACAGGAAAGGAAUGGCCUAAUUGUUUUCAUGUGUGAUGAUGUGAGUCCCAGUAGUAGCCAUUUCAUUUGACUUUAGACCAUUUUUUUAAACCUUACCUCACUCUAUAAAAUGGCCUGUGGUGACCUCUAGGAUAAUCACAGCCUCAUGAAACUUUACAACCACAAACUGCAGACCUAGAGAAUUCAGAGGAUGGAUGGCUUUCCUAGGUAGAUUGACAAUAAGAGGGUUUCUGAGCAGUUUCCAAAACAGAAAUGCUCGCUAUCCAAUCGCCGAAAAAUGCAAUUCCUGCAGAAAUCUCAAAAUGUUUUUUGAUAAUCACAAUAUAAUUUAACAAAAGACUGUGCCUGGAAUCUCUUUCUCUAGUAUCAUACAGUGAUACAGGAUAUACUCUUGAUAGUCUAUUUCUUAUUAUAGACUUCAUUCAUUAUA